AUGUGCUUUCUAAGCCGCCCGGGAGCAUCUGCAAGCUGGAGCGGGUGGAGGAUGCUGCGGCAGGUGAUCCACAGAGGGCUUCAGUCGUUUUGCUACAAGCUGGGCUUGUUCGUGAGCAGGCAUCCGGUGUUUUUCCUCACGGUGCCCGCAGUCCUGACCAUCGUCUUCGGCUUCAGCCUGCUCAACCGCUUCCAGUCUGAAAGGGACCUGGAGACGCUGGUAGCCCCCAGCCACAGCCUGGCCAAGAUCGAGCGGAGCUUAGCCAGCAGCCUUUUCCCCCUGGAGCAGUCCAAAAGCCAGCUCUAUUCGGACUUGCACACCCCGGGGAGGUAUGGCAGGGUGAUCCUCCUCUCCAAACCUGGAGGCAAUAUUUUGCAUCAGGCUGAUGUGAUCCUGCAGAUCCACCGAGCCGUGCUGGAAAUGAAGGUGAACUACAAAGGCUAUAAUUAUACUUUUUCCCAUCUGUGUGUGUUGAGAAAUCAGGAUAAGAAAUGCGUGCUGGAUGAUAUUAUUUCAGUGCUAGAGGAUCUGAGGCAGGCUGCCCUCUCCAAUAAGACAACAGCCAGGGUGCAAGUGAGCUAUCCCAACACUAAAUUAAAGGAUGGAAGGAGCAGUUUUAUUGGACACCAACUUGGAGGGGUCAUGGAGGUGCCAAACAGCAAGGACCAGCGAGUGAAGUCAGCCAGAGCCAUCCAGAUCACCUACUACCUCCAAACCUAUGGCUCUGUUGCCCAGGGCCUUAUUGGUGAAAAAUGGGAGAGUGAAUUCUGUAAACUGAUGCGCAAGCUGCAGCUGGAUCACCAAGAUCUGCAGCUCUACUCGCUGGCAUCCUUUAGUCUUUGGAAGGACUUCCACAAGACCAGCCUCCUGGCCAAGGGCAAGAUCUUAGUGAGCCUGAUGCUCAUUCUACUGACUGCGAUGCUCUCGAGCUCCAUGAAGGACUGCCUGCGAGGCAAACCUUUCCUGGGAUUAUUGGGAGUAUUUACAAUCUGCAUCUCCAGCGUCACUGCGGCAGGGAUAUUUUUCAUUACUGAUGGAAAAUAUAACUCUACACUGCUGGGAAUCCCCUUCUUCGCAAUGGGUCAUGGAACCAAAGGAGUGUUUGAACUUCUUUCAGGAUGGCGCAGAACCAGAGAGAACCUUCCAUUCAAGGAUAGGGUAGCAGACACCUAUUCCGAUGUCAUGGUCUCCUAUACAAUGACGAGCUCCUUGUACUUCAUAGCCUUUGGUAUGGGUGCCAGCCCUUUCACCAACAUCGAGGCUGUGAAAGUUUUCUGCCAGAACAUGUGUGUCUCCAUCCUGUUGAACUACUUCUACAUCUUCUCCUUCUUUGGCUCUUGCUUGGUCUUCGCUGGGCAGUUGGAACAGAACCGUUACCACAGUAUCUUCUGUUGUAAAAUCCCUUCAGCAGAAUACCUGGAGAGGAAACCUAUGUGGUUCCAAACCAUGAUGAGUGACGGCCAUCAGCACACUUCUCAUCAUGAGACUGACCCCUACCAGAAUCACUUCAUCCAGCAUUUCCUACGAGAGCAUUACAAUGAAUGGAUUACUAACAUCUACGUCAAGCCAUUUGUGGUGAUACUGUAUCUCAUUUAUGCCUCUUUCUCCUUUAUGGGGUGCUUACAGAUCAGUGAUGGGGCCAACAUCAUCAACCUCCUAGCCAGUGAGUCUCCAAGUGUCUCCUAUGCCCUCAUUCAGCAGAAGUAUUUCAGCAACUACAGUCCUGUGAUAGGAUUCUACAUCUAUGAACCUCUUGAAUAUUGGAAUGGCACUGUGCAAGAAGACUUAAAAACACUGAGCCAUGGUUUCAAUACAGUGUCCUGGAUUGAACAAUACUAUCAGUACCUGAGAGUUGGCAACAUCAGCACCACCAACAAAAGUGACUUUAUCAGCAUCCUCCAGAACUCCUUUUUAAAAAAAUCCGAAUUCCAGCACUUCAAAAAUGACAUCAUUUUCUCCAAGGCUGGAGAUGAGAACAACAUCAUUGCUUCCCGCAUGUAUCUAGUGGCCAGGACUAGUGAAAACACCCAAAGGGAGGUGGUGGAAUUGCUGGAGAAGUUAAGGCCACUAUCUCUAAUACAGAGCAUCAAAUUCAUUGUGUUCAAUCCUACCUUUGUUUUCAUGGACCAUUAUGGUUUAUCAGUAACUAUGCCUGUCCUGAUUUCUGGCUUUGGCAUCCUGCUGGUGUUAAUACUGACCUUUUUCCUGGUUAUUCAUCCUCUGGGAAACUUCUGGUUAAUUCUUAGUGUCACCUCAAUAGAGUUGGGUGUGCUAGGCUUGAUGACUUUAUGGAAUGUAGACAUGGAUUGUAUUUCUAUACUGUGCCUUAUCUACGCUUUGAAUUUUGCCAUAGAUCACUGUACACCCCUGCUUUACACAUUUGUACUAGCAACUGAGCACACCCGAACUCAGUGUAUAAAAAACUCCCUCCAAGAGCACGGGACAGCCAUUUUGCAAAAUGUUACUUCUUUCCUGAUUGGGUUGGUCCCCCUUCUCUUUGUGCCUUCAAACUUGACCUUCACACUGUUCAAAUGCCUGCUGCUCACCAGCAGUUGCACACUACUGCACUGUUUUGUUAUUUUGCCUGUCUUCCUAACUUUUUUCCCACCCUCCAAAAAGCACCACAAGAAAAAGAAACGGGCCAAAAGGAAGGAGCGAGAAGAGAUUGAAUGCAUAGAGAUUCAGGAGAAUCCUGAUCAUGUAACAGCAGUCUGA